CGUUCCAGAAUCUCUCCUCGAUUAAUUCUAGGGUUUCAUGCCGAACAUGGGUGAAGAGGAGCAGCAGCAAUCGGGGCUCUUCUACGAGCUCUGCUCUCUGGUCCUCGCUCUUCUUCGUUCUCCCCACAUAUUCUUUCGCUCCGUCGGCGCCCCCUGUGGCUCGCCACAGCGUUUAGAGAUUUCCCGUGCGGGUCUCGCUUCACUUUUCCUCGGGGUCUCUCUGGCGCUCAUGCUUUGUGGGUCCAUCACUUUCGUGCUUGGCUGCAUCCUUAUGCCCUGGGUUAUCGGUUUCGUUAUCGUUUUCUAUUUAUUAGGGAUCGUCUCUAGCUUAUCUGAAAUUGGCAAGGCGAUCCUCUGUCACCACCGAAGCCGCGCCUGCGAGGAGGGGGACGAAGGGGGCCCCAGGCCAAGUCUUCUCCGCCAUGAAAGCUGAUAACAAAGAUCCCUACACCAUCCUUUGUUUUUCUUCUUUAAUUUAUCUUCAGUAAGAUUUUAUAGCAGACAGAGUUUCCAUAGCUUUGACCCGAGCAACCACUAGGUGUAGAACAGGGCAUAUGCAGCAUUGUACAUAGUUAUUUGCCAUUUAUAUGAUUAAGAUUGUAUUUUUUAUAAUAUUUUGAUACAGUUUUCCAGUGAUUA